AUGGAAAAUCAGCCCCGAAGAGAAGUUGAGUUGAACUUGAAUGAUAUUGUUGGUGAUCUGGGAAAACGCAAGCCAAUUGAAGAGUUCAAUGUUUCAAUUCGAGAUAGAGUCCGAAGAGAGUACUUGAACAAGGGCCCUUGUUGUAGCAACUGGAAAAAUGCAUUAGAAAGAUUCAAUUAUCAUGUUGGAGGCGUGAAUAGUUGCCAUAAUAAUGCUAGAAUUCAGUUCGAAGCUUUUCAAGAUCAAAGGAACAGUGUGGCAAGUAUAUUACGGUCAAAUACCCGUCAAAUGGAAGUUGCAUAUCACAUUCGGUUGACAGUCUCAUUGAAUGUGACUCGGUUUCUCUUAAAGCAAGGAUUAUCUUUUCGUGGACACGAUGAGUCAAGUAGUUCUUCAAAUCGAGGUAAUUUUAUUGAGUUGCUUCUAUGGUUUAGUGAACUUAACGAUGAUGUAUCCAAAACUUUAUUUGCAAAUACUCAUGCUAACAAUCAAAUGAAUUCACCACGAAUUCAAAAGGAAUUAGCAAACGCUUGUGCUUCAGAGGUCACACUUGCCAUAGUUAAUGAUAUUGGAGAUAAAGUUUUCACUCUUUUUGUUGAUGAGGCUCGAGACGUUUCAAUGAAUGAGUAG